UCAAAAAUUCGCCACAUUCGCCACCAAAACAAUGUCAGUUCUAGUGGGAGGCGGUACGGGAUUCAUUGGAAAACGCUUAGUGACGCUACUGAGAUCCAGCGGCUAUGACGUAACAGUUGUUUCCCGAAUGCCCGGACUCAAUCGGAUUACCUGGCAUGAUUUAGAAGCCCAAGGAUUGCCUCGAGGGACGACAGCUGUGGUAAAUCUAGUCGGUCAAAAUGUUCUCGAUCCCACCCGAAGGUGGACACCGGGUUUCAAACAAAACGUCUGGAAUUCCCGUGUCAACUCCACAGCUUCAAUGGCAAAGGCCAUUGCCAAGGGAUCAGAUGCUCCUGGUGUCUUUGUAAAUAUAUCCGGGGUAAGUCUCUAUCCGCCAGCUGGUCCAGAUUCCCGUGAAAUCUUCGAUGAGAGCAGUCCAGGAGUGGAAUAUGACUUCAUGUCGCGCCUCUGCAUUGCUUGGGAAGCAGCUGCUGCUCUGCCGCCUUCAAGCGACUGGCGUGGAAUCCGGCUGCGUACUGGAGUGGUCCUUGGGCGCCAAGGAGGAAUGAUUGGGAACAUAUUCCUGCCAUUCUACCUAGGUCUAGGAGGUCCUGUAGCUUCUGGACUUCAGCCGCUGCCUUGGAUUCACAUUGAUGAUCUCUGUGCAAUUAUUCUGCUUUGCCUCACGCGCAACGACAUAACUGGCCACAUCAAUGCCGUAGCACCCCACAUAGUAUCAAAUGCCGACUUUUCUCGAGCCUUUGCCAAAGCCCUCAGACGUCCUGCUGUGUUUAAGGUGCCAGAACUCAUUCUUAAUAUCCUAUUUGCCCGCGAAAGAGCCGUUCUGCUCACGGCAGGUGCUCGAGUGGCUUCCAAACGCCUCCCAGAAUUGGGCUAUAAAUUUCAGUAUCCACAAAUUGAGGAUGCCUGUAUGCAAUUGGCAGAAAGGAAGCGAUAAUUCGAACUUUAUCCAAUGCUUGUGCUUAUUUAUUGUCUAUUUAUUGUAUUUUAGUUGAAUAAAUGGAUUUCCAAUGGC